AUCUUCAUGAUAAUGAUGAACUAGAUUAACAUCUAAGCUUAUCAAAGUUGGUCAAUUGUCAGACCGAUAGGUACGUCAGCAACGCAGGUGUUGGAGGCACUACAUUGCAGUUUGCGAGGACCAGCUGGUUCACUGUACCUUACCCGUCACUCAAGACUGUUACAUCUUUGGCCUAAGUUCUUUGAAUAUUCUACAUAGACGAGGAGGAAAUCAUAGUCAAGAAAUAAGAUAAUCGUGAUUUUGAUCGAUUAUUAACAUUAUUUUUCAGUUCAUCAUUAAGAAGUCGUCGCUCUUCUGACUCCACACUUUAUAGACAUGUCCCGUGAGAAGAGCUCCCUAGCCUCGCUCUCAGAGCGCGGUGUUCGGACGGCGGCUUGCAGGAAUUUAAUUUAUCACAAGAUGUUGGACAUCCACAGCAACAGUUACCAUCCCGAAAAGAAUCCAAAGGGAAUAGUGAACCUCGGAAUAGCCGUUAACUGCCUGAUGGAGGAGGAAAUUUGUCAGAGACUCAACAAGGGGGACGCUUUCCACAUAAUGGCUCACCAUAUUCAUUACUUCAAAGUCUCGGGCAUCGAUGAGCUGAGGGAGGCCGUGGCUGAUUUUCUCAACAGACACUUCAAGCCUCUUGAGCCAAUCACAUCAGCGAAGAUGUCCAUCAUGUGUGGGGCGACGGGAUGUUUGGACGGCCUUGCCCACAUCCUCUGUGAUUCCGGGGACAUCGUCAUCACACCCACGCCUGUUUACGACCGCAUCCCAUCGGACUUUCUUGAUGUUGCCAACGUUAAGGUGGAGCCGCUGGAACUGUUGGAUGAGGAGGAUUCCGAGGGCAGAACAUUCAAUUUGCAACCCGAGGCCCUGGAGAGGCGUAUCAACGAGCUGAGGGCACAGGAUCGUAGGGUUCGUGCCUUUCUCCUUAUCAGUCCUCAGAAUCCCCUUGGGGAGGUGUACAGUCCCGUCCUCCUCAAGCAGCUGCUGGACGUGUGUGCCAGGAAUGAGAUCCACUUCAUUGUAGACGAAAUUUACGGCCUCUCGGUGCAUGAUGGAAACAAGGAAUUCCGAAGCGUUCUCAGCCUGGACCUGCCGGACCCCAUGCGCACGCACGUGAUCUGGGCCAUGAGCAAGGAUUUUGGAUUGGCUGGACUGCGGAUGGGCGUGGUCCUAUCGGAAUGCCCAGGUGUCCACGAGUUCUUCCACAAAGCGUGUUUCUUCCGUAACAUUCCGUGGAUCGUUCAGCAUGCAGCCGCCACGCUACUCAAGGACACAGUUUGGUGCGACGAAUUUUAUCUACCCACCUAUUGGAGACGCCUGGCCCACAACUACCAAAUAACCUGUGACCGACUUGAAGCGAUGGGCGUCCGUGUCCGGAGAGGCUCGGCUGGACUAUUCAUCUGGUUCAGCGUCAAGUCCUUCCUCCGUCCAGUAACCAUGGAGGAGGAGAGUGUCCUCAUGCAGGAAAUAUUUGACGGUGGGCUGUACAUCACGCAGGGGAAGAUUCUCUGCUGCACCUCGCCGGGUUGGAUGCGCCUUGUGUUCACCGUCACUGAGAAGGAACUUGACGAAGGACUCGACCGUCUGAGGGUAGUGCUGGCCGCCCGGAAGUUGAGGCUGGCCAUGAAGGAACCGUAGUCAUCUGUUUUCAGUACAUCAAGAUUCCUUCUUGGUAGAAAAUAGAGAAUCUUUGCUGUUUUGUGUGUGUAGUUAAUUAUAUAUAUAUAUAUAUAUAUAUAUAUAUAUAUAUAUAUAUAUAUAUAUAUAUAUAUAUAUAUAUAUAUAUAUAUAUAUAUAUAUAUAUAUAUAUAUAUAUAUAUAUAUAUAUAUAUAUAUAUAUAUAUAUAUAUAUAUAUAUAUACCCAACACUGGCUGUUAAGUGAUGAUAUACAACCACAUAGUAGGAAAUUAUAUCUUAUCUUAAGUUAGGUUUAUAAUAAUUUCUUAUAAUUUCUUAUAAUUUCUUAUAAUUUCUUAUAAUUUCUUAUAAUAAUUUCUAUAAUAGCACACAUAAUAAAGUAAUGAUGAAUUCGAAUAAGAUGGAAAUUAUAGCAUUAUUAUAAUUGUGUGGUGUGGGGAGAAGAUGACAGCACAGCGUCAACAGACCCUCUGCUGGCCUAUCCAGUGUAUGUAUGUGUAUUAGCAGCCGCUGAUGGCACCUUUUUCAUGCUGUAGUUUUCCCUUAUACUAUAGCAAUAGUGUUGAACGAUGUGUUAUAUUCCGGAUAACAGAUGAACAGCUGUUGUGUGAAGUGUAAAAGUAAUGCUAAGAAACUGAUGUGAAGGGAGAAAUUUUAUUUCAUGGCGAGAGGCGUCUUGUCUGGGAAUAAAUCCCUGACACGGAGAUACAUGGCACAGCGCCACAAACGUCAGGUCGUACGACAGUUUGUAUAGGAUCUUGAGACAUCAGGUCACUUUACUUGUAUCCACUGGCAAGACAGAACUGGGACUCAAAGGGCAAAGAGGUAAUGUGAGGAAGUGAAAUAUUUGAGGGAGGAGUAAAUGAGAACUUCUUAUUAGCAAUUGAUCGAUGUGAUUCUUGGUCAAAUGUUCAUUUAGCUUUUGUGCUUUUCGAGAUUUUCAAGCGUGCGGGACUUGUCGGUAGUCUAUAACAAUUAUUGUAUGAUACUCUUCAUACUUUAGCGCUAUAUACUUUAUACUGUAACUCUGUUUAGUGUUAAGUGGUGUUGUUAAAUCAAACAGCCUAAUUAGGACUUCAGUGUUUGUUUCUGUUUGACAUCCAAAUGUAUAGAAACUGCGUGAAGCGUCACUCAGUUGUUGUCUGUGCCUACGCAGCCAAGCUGUGCCGCUCCGCAGUCAGCUGAACUCGUCAGUUUUCAUCGUAUACUGAGCCACACAUUUCAGGUAAAGUAAAUGAUUUACCUUUGAUUUAUGUGAUGUAAGGGAUAUGAGGAAUAGAAGGAACGAGUGUGGCAGAUCCAGUUGAGGAACACAAGGAGCGAGUGUGGUAUAUCGACUAUCCAUUUCAGAGUGACUUUUCAGACUCUAUGAGACAUCGUUUUUCGCAAAUAUCUUCUGAACAAACAGUUGGAUAAUUAUGACCUUUGGGUACAGUCUGUUUGACAGCGUCCCUUAAUUUUUGGAACUGCAGUGCAUUACGAAGUGUGUUUCAUUAAGGAAUAUAUAUAUAUAUAUAUAUAUAUAUAUAUAUAUAUAUAUAUAUAUAUAUAUAUAUAUAUAUAUAUAUAUAUAUAUAUAUAUAUAUAUAUAUAUAUAUAUAUAUAUAUAUAUAUAUAUAUAUAUAUAUAUAUAUAUAUAUAUAUAUAUAUAUAUAUAUAUAUAUAUAUAUAUAUAUAUAUAUAGCAAAGAUGAUUUAAUUUUGAUGAGAAAGCAGUAGAUGUAGUGGUAGUAACACGUGUAGUGGUGGUGUUGGUGGAGUAGUUAUAAGGUAACUUGUUCCUUAGUACACAAGGCAACCCUGCGUGAGGUAUAACCAGAAGAUGAACAGAAGGAACGAGUGUAUAUGGUGUAGAGAAAGAGAGAGAAAGUAUGACUCACAAGCUUAAAGACGUGAUAAGUUAGGAGUGUGUCUAGAGUGGGGCAACCAGGACGCGUGCUGCGGGCGCCACAAUCCCUUCAUUGCGUCAAUCCUUCCCAUAAUCCCCUAGGAAUUUUACAAGACAUUUUUGUGCUAUAGUUUCUUAAAUGCUUAUUAAAUGCAUAUUAUUUUUUACCGUUAUGUUUAUGCAAACAAUUUAUUAUUGUGAUCUGACUGUCAUCAAAAGACUACCUUAGCAAUAAAAGGGUAUUGAAAGAACGGGGCGCCAGUCUGGGCUUGUGACUUCCUUAAUUAAGGAAAUCUGUGUCACGAGACCAGCAUUACGGCACGUUGCCUCUCUAGUCAGACUGUUUGUUAAAAGAGGCAUUUGUUAUUGAGGAAUGUGCAUCUUUAUGCUGGAUUUACUUAUUUGAUGUAAUAAUAAUAAUAAUAAUAGUAAUAAUAAUAAUAAUAAUAAUUAUAAUAAUAAUAAUAAUAAUAAUAAUAAUAAUAAUAAUAAUAAUAAUAAUAAUAAUAUUAUUAUUAUUAUCAUUAUUAUUAUUAUUAUUAUUAUUAUUAUUAUUAUAAUAAGUAUCAAUAAAUAUGUAGUGAUAGUGGUAUAUAUAGAAAUUAUAUAACAUAUUAUAGUAAGUAUAUAAUAGUAAAUAGUACACUCUCUCAAGGGAGGAGUGACCAAUGCACAAUAUUGCAAAAUUUUUCGAUUUAGAGAUAUUGGACAAUAUCAUAAAGUUCCAGAGAUGAAAGAAAAACAAAUUAUUUUAGGAUACAAUUUCCUGGCCUAGUGCAGUGUGUAGACUGCAUUUUUUUUUUACGUAGAGGAAAGGCGAUUGUGUGAUCCUGCUUUACUCAGGAGAGAGAGAGAGAGAGAGAGAGAGAGAGAGAGAGAGAGAGAGAGAGAGAGAGAGAGAGAGAGAGAGAGAGAGAGAGAGAGAGAGA